GGCGGAGGCAAGAGAAAGGGUCUGUUGUUUUUCUCUCCUUGUUUCUCUCUCUCUCGCUGCUGAUCACCACGCUGCUGACCAGGUCGGAAAGCCCUGAUGGAAACCCUCCGGUGCUGGGCAGGCCCCUCCUCCUCCAAGGAGCCUGCCCUUGACUAAUUUUUCUUUGUCCCGAUGGGAAGAAAAGAGAGAAGGACGGAAAAAGAAAAACCUCAAACUUCCCUUUGAAAACCGGCUUGGAGUCAGGGCCCGAAUCGCUCAUCGGGGAUUCGGCAACUCGGGAAUCCUGAAGACACGCUUGGAGCCACAGAGGAGCACCUGGGCUGCACCCCUACCUGCUUGCACCCUCCUCCCGUGGGACCUGGGCGUGGGUCCGGAAGUGGCCAGGACCCAGCAGGACGGCCGCUGCUCGUAAACCUGGAUAAGCUGUGGCGUUGACAGCUGGGAAGGCAGCUGGGACGGUGGCGGCGCCCCAUCGAAUUGUCGGAGCUGAGCCCUCCUUCUCCGUCCGGGAACAGCCUUCUUGAAGGGAAGCUGAUUCCACCCAAUGUCUUCAGUCAUCUCACUGGAAUCGUCCCUCCCCGACCGGAAAGCCCUGCGCACUCUGGUCCCAGCCAGUUAGAGGUGGAGGAGUGCAGCCUGGGCCGCUCUCCUGUUUACCCCGCGGACUGACCCAGACGCUGCUCCGUAGCCCGGAGCGGCCGCAGACACUGUCCCGCCUCCCACGCCGCACUCCUUAUCCGAGACCUUCCUGGGCCUAUUUGCUUUCCGGCCAAUGAUUUCCUUCUCACUGGAUCGGUCUUUCUUUUGCACAUCAAGCCUAGAUUAGGCAACUUCCUGCGGACUGCAGAGUCCUUUGGUGCCCCUCAGUUGGCCUCUUCUGACCAUGGAGAAUCAUCAACCCCCUGAGUGUCCAGUCUCUGGCAAGGCCAAGGCUGCAGAAGCAGUCAGUCCUGAAAACCACGAGGUCCUAGAGGGACCAGAUGAGCACCCCGGGGACCAGGAUGCCGGAAAUGCUACUGGAGCAGCCAGGGAUGCUGAUGGGGCGACCGGAGAUGCUUCUGGAGCAGCCAGGGAUGCUGAUGGGGCGGCCGGAGAUGCUUCUGGAGCAGCCAGGGAUGCUGAUGGGGCGGCCGGAGAUGCUACCGGAUCCGCCAGGGAUGCUGAUGGGGCGGCUGGAGGACAGGAGCCGGUAGAUCACGGGUCACUGCCAGUCCAGGGCCAGGAUAAUCUUGAGUCCCCUCCACCUGACACUAGCUCAGACUGGCCAGGGCCAGCCCCCAGGACACAGCCUGAGGCAGAGACAGCGGGUGCGAGCUCGGGGCCCCAGGAGCUCCCCCAGUCCCCCAGGGCCCAGCAGCUGGAGCUGGAUUUCUACUGUGUGAAGUGGAUCCCCUGGAAGGGAGAGCGGACGCCCAUCAUCACCCAGAGCACGAACGGCCCCUGCCCGCUCCUCGCCAUCAUGAACAUCCUCUUCCUUCAGUGGAAGGUGAAGCUGCCCCCUCAGAAGGAAGUGAUCACGUCAGAUGAGCUCAUGGCCCACCUCGGAGACUGCCUCCUGUCCAUCAAGCCCCAGGAGAAGUCGGAGGGACUUCAGCUUAAUUUUCAGCAGAAUGUGGACGACGCAAUGACCGUGCUGCCUAAACUGGCCACUGGCCUGGACGUCAAUGUGCGGUUCACAGGGGUCUCAGACUUUGAGUACACGCCGGAGUGCAGCAUCUUCGACCUCCUGGGGGUCCCUCUGUACCACGGCUGGCUCGUCGAUCCUCAGAGCCCCGAGGCUGUGCGUGCGGUUGGGAAACUGAGCUACAAUCAGCUGGUAGAGAAGGUCAUCACCUGCAAGCACUCCAGCGACACCAACCUGGUGACAGAAGGCCUGAUCGCAGAGCAGUUCCUGGAGACCACCGCGGCCCAGCUGACCUACCAUGGACUGUGCGAGCUGACCGCGGCCGCCAAGGAGGACGAACUUAGCGUCUUUUUCCGAAACAACCACUUCAGCACCAUGACGAAGCACAAGAGCCACUUGUACCUGCUGGUCACCGACCAGGGCUUCCUCCAGGAGGAGCAGGUGGUGUGGGAGAGCCUGCACAACGUGGACGGAGACAGCUGCUUCUGCGAUGCCGACUUCCACCUGAGCCACUCGCUGGGCAAGGGCCCGGGCGCCGAAGGGGGCGGCGGCUCCCCGGAGAAGCAGCGGCAGGUGGACCAGGACUACCUGAUCGCCUUGUCCCUGCAGCAGCAGCAGCAGCCACAGGGCACGCUGGGCCUCAGCGACCUGGAGCUGGCCCAGCAGCUGCAGCAGGAGGAGUACCAGCAGCAGCAGGCGGUCCAGCCGGUGCCGGCGCGGGCCCCGUCGCCACAGGGGAGAGGAGCGCCCUCGGGACGCCCGGCCGGGGAGCGGCGGCGGAGGCCCAAGCCGGAGUCCGACUGCGUCCUCCUCUAGGGCUCGGUGCCCGGGGCCGGCCGCCCUGCCUCCUCUCUCCGAGGCCGUGACCAGUUUGCUGGCUCCCCCAGGUCAACCCCUGAGAUGUGCAGGGUAACUUAUUUAUGGACUGCUGGGGGGUCCGAGCAGGAAGGAAAGGUCAAGGUCAGACUCAGUGACGUCCUUGCUCGCUCACCGCGGCCUUCUCUUCCUCCCAGUCACCCAGGGCUGGGCCGCUGGGGUGAGGCUUUCUGAUCCCCAGCUCCCCUUUCCCCAGGAUAUCACACUAAUACACAGACUCAGGCUGGGGGGGGGGGGGGGGGUGUGUGUGUCCCUGCCUACACUGCACUUCCCCUAACUCCCCCGUGACGGGGUGGGGUCCUUCGGGCCAUCCCGCAGGUCCGUCCGCCUCUGUUUCAGGAUUUGGUUUGGGUUUCUAUCUCCAUUAUUUGUAACGCCCUCCUAAGGGUUUGGAAAUAAAAAU